UGGGCGCAGGCUCUGGAGGUUCAAGCGGAGGAGGGGAAAGAGGUGAGUCCGGAAACCCUCGGCCAAUCAGACAGCUGGGGCGGAGCCUGCUGGGGGCGCUUCACGCUGCAGGGCUCUGCGCGGGAACGCUAACCUGGUCCGGAGUGAGCCUGGGUCUCAGCCCCGCGGACAGCUUUUCACGAGUCUUCUAGCCUUCAGGCUUUCUGCUAAUCAAGAUGAGUGAUAAACCAGACUUGUCAGAAGUGGAGAAGUUUGACAGGUCAAAACUGAAGAAAAGUAACACUGAAGAAAAAAAUAGUCUUCCUUCAAAGGAAAGUUAUCUUUAUGAUGAUGUUAUCAAUGUACUGAUGUUUACCUUUUUCACUCUCAUUCUCCUACGACUGGAUGGUGGGAUUUUCCAGAACUUCAUUAUGUGCGAUAUGGCAACAGAGAAAGUGAAUAUGCUGAUACAAGAAGCAAGAAACCUUCCUUACUUCCAGGUGUGUGUCAGUAGGAUUACGGAGUGUCCACGGAAACAGCUCAUGCCCUAGUGUACAGUGGUACAGCCAAUGAGUGACCUGCAGUCUAUGAGCAACAGUCAUUGACCCAAUGUGGGGGGAGUGACCCAAGCUGAACCCACAGCAGCCUUCCUGUUAUAUUCAACCUGGUGUUUAAAGGAACGGCAGUGUGAUUCUUUACCUGAUGUUUUUGUUUGCAGUGUUUGUAAUCAUGAUCUUUUAGGGACAUGAAUCCAAAGCUAGGAUUAGAAUAUGUACCUUGUCCCUAACAUCAAGUUAUACAGAGCAUUGGCAGCCAUUAGUAGAAGUCAGAUAACGCUUAUUUCCUCAAAAGAUUAGCAUAUUGAUAUCCAUGUUAAUAUUAAUACAGGCUACCUUUCAUUGUGCUCUCUUCUGGGUCCCAAGUCUUGGCAUUUUAAGCAUUUUUUUCUAUAAGUGUAUUGCUGAAUUUCAGAGCAGGUGCUGACUUUCCCAUUGCUUUCCUUUUCCAUUGAUUUCCAGUCGCCCGAGUAUGUGGACAAGAGAACAUACUCUGGGACUGCAACCCACAGGAAUUUAUUAUGUUGUGCCUUGAAGCUCAAUAUGUGGCCAUUUUUGUUAAAUGUUUCCCAUAAAUUUUGAAACAUCUCAUAAACAACCCUUCUCCUUCAUAUGUAGAAACCAGUAAAGGAUGGCACUCUCAGUCAAACCAUGAAACAAAAGCUGGAUAAAUGACAAAAAUCAAAAUUUUCUUGAGCCCAUCAGAAGUGGGGAAGAACCACCCCAGAGGGCCCAACACAUAGCCGCAUAGAUUAUUCCACCAUUUAAAGAGGACCCCUUGGUCAAGAGGGAAACAGGGUCAGGGCAAGAUGGUAGCCAGAGCUUCCCUGAGUAGUGCAGAUGGGAAGAGGGGAAGGUCACCUCCAGAGCUCCACUUGGGAUCCAUAGAGAAAGGAAGUAGAACCAAGAAGUCCACUCAUUGGGAUCUGUUACUUUCUGUUUUUCCAGAUUAUUAGAAAAAUAUUACGAAAAUAGCUGAAGAGAAAUGUUAUGAAAAUAGUUGAAGUUGUGCUUAUUGCACAAGGAGACCAAGAAAAACCCCACAAAAUCAGCUGCAAGUAAAUCCUUCUGGAUGGUGCCACCAAAUGUUCCUACAAGUCCGGAACAACACUUGCCAAACCAAAGACCCUUGGCAGAACCCUGCUUCUUCCCAGAGACAGAGCUGUGUACCUGACAAAACACCACCAUCUCACUCAGUGACUUAUUUCUCAUUACGCUAAUUGUUUUGCUGUAAAGUGCCAAUGUUUCUGUGAAUUAAGACAUACAAACAAAUUUCUGAAGUUACCCUUG